CAUAUUAUAUUUUGAGGUUGGUGGUUGUUUGGUUUUGAUUUUUAUUUUCAACACGUUAUUUGAAAAAAGUACGCAAUUAAAGUGAAUUUUAAAUACGUAAUAUAUAUUAUAAACCAAGUCUGUCACCAUGGCUAUGACAUCGUCUCAAGUAAAGAGAGAACAACAGAAUAAUUUGAGCGGAGGUACAGGAUGGCCAAGAAGAAAUAGUCAAACCGCUACCAAUACAGCGGCUCAAACAAAUACUUUCACACCUACAGCAAUAAAUCGAAUAAUAAAUUUGUAUCCUUUAACAAAUUAUAUAUUUGGUACUAAAGAACCGCUGUUUGAAAAAGAUCCAAGUGUACCCGCCCGGUUUCAACGCAUGAGAGAUGAAUUCGAAAGAAUUGGAAUGCGAAGAAGUGUAGAAGGUGUAUUAUUAGUACAUGAACACGGACUACCGCAUGUACUACUUUUGCAAUUGGGAACUACAUUUUUCAAACUUCCAGGCGGUGAAUUGAAUCCAGGUGAAGAUGAAGUAGAAGGAUUAAAAAGACUCCUUACAGAAACCUUAGGUCGUUUAGAUGGAGUAAAACAAGAAUGGGUUGUAGAAGAUAUAAUAGGAAACUGGUGGAGACCAAAUUUUGAACCUCCACAAUAUCCAUAUAUAGCAUCUCAUAUAACCAAACCAAAAGAACAUAAGCGAUUAUUUUUGGUUCAAUUACAAGAGAAAGCACUUUUUGCAGUCCCCAAGAACUAUAAACUAGUUGCUGCACCACUUUUUGAAUUAUUUGAUAACUCUCAAGGGUAUGGACCAAUCAUUUCCUCAUUACCACAGGCAUUGUGCAGAUUUCAGUUCAUUUAUAUGUGAGGGAGGAUUUACAAUGUAAUUAUUUAAGUGUUUUGUGACAUUUUGAAAAUAUAUUGGUGGUCAUAAGUAUUUAACAAUGAGAAUUUGUUUUUGUGACACUAGUAAAGUCAACAUUAUUUUUUUGAAACUAUAAAAUUUUCAUUUCAAUUGUACAAUGUGUUUUUUUAUAAGUUAAUUGAAAAGCACAUGUAUAUUCUCAAAAAUAACAUUUGAAAACUGUUACUUAUAUUAAUGAAUGGAUAUAUUUUUUAUUUUUGUAAAUAAAUAGCUUACUUAUUGAUUUUUCUAAGAUAUUAUUAAUGACACAAGGAUUGGAAGUUAUUUCAUAUUCAAUUUAAUUAUUAUCCACUCCUAAUGCUGAAACUGGUAACAGUUGGAAUAAUUUUAUAUGAAGAAGUGUGUUUGACUCUUUCAAUGUCUAGUAAAAGUAAUAAUGUGAAGAUUAAACCAAAUUGUCUCAUUAAAAUUUUAUAAUAAAUAAUUGUAAAUGAAAAA